AUGGUGUUUUGUGUUGGUCAGAUUGUGUGUGUGUGUGUGUGUGUUUGUUUGUUCUCUGUUGAUGUGGAUGAUGGAGGAGAUGAUUGGGAAACUGACCCGGACUUUGAGAAUGAUGUGUCAGAGAAGGAGCAGCGCUGGGGAGCCAAGACUGUGGCCGGCUCUGGCCAUCAGGAACACAUCAACAUUCAUAAGCUGCGUGAGAGAGUGUCGUCUGAACACAGUGAGCUGAAGCAGAAGGAGCUGGAGCACAUGCCCAAAGCGUCUCACGGUUACGGAGGGAAGUUCGGACUGCAGCAGGACCGCAUGGAUAAGUCUGCCGUGGGACACGAGUAUCAGAGCAAGCUGUCCAAACACUGCUCCCAGACGGACACCUCCAAGGGUUUCGGAGGUAAAUUCGGCGUGGAAGCUGACCGUGUUGACCAGUCUGCCGUGGGCUUCGAGUAUGCUGGAAAGACAGAAAAACACGCCUCGCAGAAAGACUACACCACGGGGUUCGGGGGCCGCUACGGCGUGCAGGCGGAUCGUGUGGACCGCAGCGCUGUCGGCUUCGACUAUCAGGGGAAAACAGAGAAGCACGAGUCACAGAAAGAUUACACUAAAGGCUUUGGUGGCAAGUUUGGAGUGGAGACGGAUAAAGUGGAGAGCGCCGUGGGCUUUGAGUACCAGGGAAAGACUGAGAAACACGAGUCUCAGAAAGACUAUGUCAAGGGCUUCGGAGGGAAGUUCGGCGUUCAGACGGACCGUCAGGAUAAGUCUGCGGUGGGAUGGGAUCAUCAGGAGAAGCUGCAGCUGCACGAGUCACAGAAAGACUAUGCCAAAGGAUUCGGAGGGAAGUAUGGUGUGCAGAAAGACCGAAUGGACAAGAGCGCCGGCACGUUUGAGGAGGUGGAGAAGCCGAGCGCGGCGUAUCAGAAGACCCGUCCGGUGGAAGCAGCUGGCAGCGGCGCUGGAAGUAUAAAGGCUCGCUUUGAGAGCAUUGCGAAGCAGAAUGAGGAGGAGGACCGGAAGAGAGCAGAAGAGGAGCGCGCUAGACGACAGGCCAAAGAGAAGCAGGAGCAGGAGGAGGAGGAGGUGCGCAGGAAGCAGGAGGAGGUGCGCAGGAAGCAGGAGGAGGUGGAGAACAGUGCAAACAUCUACGAGGUGGAGCCGGUCUCAGCAGAACCCACAUAUGAAGAACCGGUCCAGGAAGACCUGUACCAGAACCCUGAGCCGGACGAGCAGAACCAGACCUCAGGGGCUCAGUCGUACGAGUCUGGAGAGGAUCUUGGCGUGACUGCCGUGGCUCUGUACGACUAUCAGGCCGCGGGUGACGACGAGAUCUCCUUCGAUCCGGACGACAUCAUCACUAACAUCGAGAUGAUCGACGAGGGCUGGUGGAGGGGCGUGUGCCGCGGCGCAUACGGACUCUUCCCCGCCAACUACGUAGAAGUCCGACAAUAGACUCGCUCCAUGCGCUCUUCACACAGCAGACGUCAGCCCUCGAGUUCAUGCUUCCAGUCCAUUAUCAGCCCUGCUUUCUCUCUCUUCUUUCCCUGUAGCAUGUUGAGCGUUCGCCGGUCAUUCUGCUUCCUUCAGCUCAACUCUCACUUCCUGUUUCACAUCAGUAGGUGCGUGCGCUUUACUGGAUCCAGCUGCCAUUAGAGAUUUUAUGAGUUUAUUAACUCUCACACACACAUAUAUACAUCCGUGUGUGAAAUAAGAGACCAAAGAUCUGAGAUCUUCUGGCAUGUUUUAGAGAAAUAAUGUCAUUUGUCAUGAACACAGGCGGCGUCUUAAAGCUGCGUCCGUAUGAACACUUUUAGUUAAUUUCAGUGUCUUUUUGCAGUGUUGGGGAUUAACUGGGUUAAGUUUGAAAAUAUGAAUGAUCUUAAUGAAGGCCAAAAUAUAAUGCCAUAUAUAAUCCAUCACUGCUAGAAUUCUGCAUCACGUCUGUGUACAGGAUGAACAGACAGUGUUUGAAAGCAUUCAUAAAAAUAAGUUUAAAGGUAUUUGAAGGGUUGUGUAUUAAAAUCAGAUGUUAAUGUCUUAUGUGGCGUGAACUGUGUCUGUCUGAUUUGCAUCGUCUCUCGUGCUUCGUACCGAUUCAUCUGUAAACUCUAGACAGGCUCUUGAUGUGGUGGCAGAUUGAAGUUGAUCUUUCUGUGAGAGCAUGACAUUUCUGUGUGUGACGCUGAAUUAUAUCGAAUGAUCUGGAGUCAAAUGACAAUCCACACAGUGGAGUUAAUUCUGUUUAAUGGCUUAGCAGCAACUAAUGACACAAUCUGUGUUUUGCAAUUUUAGUUAAGUAUCUUUUUCGAACAAAUUGUCUGUGCUUAUAAACUGGCUAUCUUUACAAGGCUGUUUUAUAAGAAAUAUCAUUUAAGAAUAAAAAAAAAUAAAACUAGUAUUUUUCACAAGCCGUUAUGCAGCCA